UUUCUUUUCGAACUUGUGGCCGUCCUGGGAAGACGUUUUUUUGUUCAAGUGUGCUCUAAGUGCGUGUGUUCUGCGAAAAAAGCUACCAUGUCGGUUACAAUUGACACCCACGUGCUGUACGCCAUGUUGACCAAAGCAAAUAAAUUGGGCCAAGUUGCGCAGGAACUUAUGCUCCAGGACGUUUGCACGGUGUCCCCCAAGGUGAAAGUCCCCAUAAACUUCUUCUACCAGCUGAAAGAUUGUGCUGACAAUCUUUCUCGAAUUGCGGAAGAGAAAGAUCGACCGCACUACCUUGAGAUAAACCGGGCAUAUUUGCCCUACCCACCGCCAGGGCGCGGUAGUAGUUAUCAGCAAGGCACGGAUAAUCGCCCGCGUGCCAACGCUGGAGAGAAAGUUUCUGAGCAGUCGCUGCUCUUCGUUGGAAAACGUACCAACGCUGGCGAAAAUGUGGGUGGUCAACCGCAGCGCACCUUGAUUCCCAUCAAAGGCAUUGAUGGUGCCGCAGAUGGAAAUGGAUCCCAAGUAAGAUCGGUUCACCGACAGCAGCAACUGCCCAAAGUUGACGGUGGUGCUGUAGCUGCCGCGCAUCAAUCCGGUGCGCAUUCCGGCCAGGUCAAGGCUGUCGUCCCCGAUGCACGAGGAAGUCCGGUUACCAGCCAGCAGCUGCCCGAAGUUGACGGUGGUGCUGUAGCUGCCGCGCUUCAAUCCGGUGAGCAUUCCGGACAGGUCCAGGCUGUCGUCGCCGGUGCACGAGGAAGUCCGGUUACCAGCCAGCAGCUGCCCGAAGUUGACGGUGGUGCUGUAGCUGCCGCGCUUCAAUCCGGUGAGCAUUCCGGACAGGUCCAGGCUGUCGUCGCCGGUGCACGAGGAAGUCCGGUUACCAGCCAGCAGCUGCCCGAAGUUGACGGUGGUGCUGUAGCUGCCGCGCUUCAAUCCGGUGAGCAUUCCGGACAGGUCAAGGCUGUCGUCGCAGGUGCACGAGGAAGUCCGGUAACCAGCCAGCAGCUGCCCGAAGUUGACGGUGGUGCUGUAGCUGCCGCGCUUCAAUCCGGUGAGCAUUCUGAACAGGUCGAGGCCGUCGGGAACCGGGAACUCGUCCAGCACGUUGCCCGUAAUCAGACGGUCGAGGAAAUUAUUGCUGCGAUGACAGCCGUCAAUGGUGAAGAUGCCGGCAAAACCGAACCAGCGCAUGAUGCUCCCGAAAUACAUCCUGACGAUCAUAACGGUUACGAACUGCAUGCUCAUGGCCACAUUCAAACUGAAGCCGCGGCCGCGGGCGAACUUAACCCUGCUCAGCUUGCUUCAAUCCAACCUAGCCCGGAUGGUGUCCUGUUGCGAAACGGUCAACAACAAAAAUUCGUUGGUGGUGGGCAGUACGGCGGGCAGUACGGCGGGAACUACGGCGGGCAGUACGGCGGGCAGUAUGGUGGGCAGUACGGCGGACAGUACGGCGGGAACUACGGUGGGCAGUACGGCGGGAACUACGGCGGGCAUUAUCGCGGCGGUCCGUAUAACGUCGGUCAAUUCGGCGGAGGCGACUGGAGCGCCCAACAGCAUCAAGUCCAAUGGCGUGGCCCUCAAUUGGACGGAAACCAUUAUUCAAUGGGUCCGACCCAAGGGCCGCAAUACAAUUGGAGCUACGGUCCGCAACAAGGGCCAGGCCCAUCCGGAAAUUCCGGACACAAUUUUUAUUGAUUUCUUUACCAAGCCAUAUACCGUAAAUUCCGGACGCAGUUCGGACGGCACCAAGCGUUGUUAUUGUUAUUUUUAAUGUUUUUUGACCACAUCUGUCUUAACCAUGUCUUGGUUUGCGAUGCAUCAUAUUAAAUUUUCGGAACCUAAAUAAAUGUUCACAAACGAA